AUGGCUCGCUACACGACCGACGUGGUCUGCUCCAUAUUCAUGGGUGUCGACUCUCGAUCUCUGGAAGAUCCCAACUCUACGCUUAUGGAUGACCGGAAGGAAAAGCGCAUCGUACGGAAUGAUGUGGUUGAUCUCCCCUUGAAAAGCAAGGAAAGUCAACUUCCUAGUGACGUGGACUUUAAGCAAGAGACGGAAAACCAAAAAGCGGUGACGGAAGACAAAACACUCAAGCUGACGAAUGAUCUCUUGGCCAGCCAGCUGAUAUCCUUCGUGGGUGCCAGCUUCGAAACCUCGUCCUCGGUCCUCUACAGUCUGUACGAGCUGGCGCGUAACGUCGAGGUACAGGAAGAAGUACGCCAGCACGUACGGCAGGUGCUGAGAAAGCACGGCGGUCAGCCCACGUACGAAGCCCUCAACGAGAUGACGGACCUCACCAACGUCGUCAACGAGGCGCUGCGGAUGUACCCACCUGUCAGCUUCCUCGACCGCGAGGCCGCCCGCGACUAG